AUGGACCUUCGCUCGGUGCUUAAUACCUCUGACAACGGAGAUCGCUCUGCCGCCAGGGCGCCGCAGCCGCCGCCGCCGCCGCCGCCGCUGCAGCAGCAGCAUCCCCAGCAGCAUCCUCACCAACCUCGUGGUCCUCCACCAACCAAUGCGCAGUACGCAUAUCACGAGUACCCUCAUCAUUCAGCUUCUCAACGGUCACCUGGAAAGCCUGGAGUGCCCGAAUACCAACACCCCAGUGGCCAGUACCCGCCCGGCGCGUACCCUCCACAGUCUCCCUACCAGGCCCAAGCUGCGUAUCCUCCACGGGCUAGUCACCCUGGUUCGUUUGCGGACCCUCGAUCUCCUGGCAACGCACCCUCCGUUCAGUCGCCGUAUCGUCACUCGGCGAGCUCAUCAGCCGGCCCGGGACACGGUCCAGCUCAAGGCUACUUUCCCAAUCAAGCUCCUCACGAGAUCCGAAGUCCGAGUCAACGGCAUCAAUACCCCCCAGCCCAGUAUCACCCUCCGCCCCAUCACGCUCACCACCAGCACCAGCGUCACGACAGCCAUCCUCCUCCGCAAGGUCAGCCGACGACGCCGUAUCUGCAACACCCCCCGAUCCCUCAAACACCACCAAUUGGCCACCCAGGCCAGCAACACGGUCAGCGAACUCAUUCCGCGCAGUCUACUCCGACGCCAACAUCCGCACAUUCACAACACGCAUACGGCCCGCCCUUCUCUCAGGGAAGCCCUGUUUCCCAGCAUCAGCAUCCACCGCUAGAGUAUCGUCGACACCCUUCACAGCCUCCCGGACCUCCUAGUCAGCCACAUAGUGCGAAUCCAUCGAGUGCGCAUUCGCAAGGACCUCAUCCUUUCAGUCAACCUUCCAGUCCUUACCAGCAGAAAGUGCCCUUUCCCGGCAGCGCUACUGUUGCACAAGCCCACUCGUCUCCAAACGGCCCGCCGCAUCCACAGCAACCACAACAUCGUCUUUCCCACACACGGCCGCCUUCUUUGUCGGCCCAGGAAUCGCCACGCCCCGGAAGCGCCAAGCGCAGAUCCACGAGCGACCGAGAGCACAGCAUGUCGGUUAGCCCCAAAACACGCGUUGCCUCCUUGCCAGGCAAUGCCGGACAUCGCCCAUCAAUCUCCGAGAGCGAGUCUCGUGCGGAUCUCAGCCCCAAGCUUGCAAAUAUCAUGCAAUUCAAGCAGGAGCAACCUGCAUUAACGCCCGCCAAGCGAAAACUAGAUGACCGCAGCAUGAGUCCUAGUGAGCUCGAGAAUAGGAACCCGAGACCACCCCCUGGACAAACCAACGGCCAAGCAAGCGAGGCACCGCAGGCGGCGCCAAAGGAAGCACCGCAAGCGGUGACCCCGGCGGAGUCCGUGAAAGACGCGCCCAUCAAGGAAGAACCCAUGAACGAAGACACCGUCAACGAAGGAUCAAUCAACGAGGGGAUCGCCCCUGACGAGACGACGCCUGCAGCGAAGGGGUCAGCAACGCCUGCGGCGCCAGAACAAGAUGAGAACGUCGUGCGCGUUUGUCACUCAGACCCCCCUGUUUGGGCGCUCAGUCUCCGCACACUAGGCAAGGCCUUACCAAAGCAUGCAAACUAUGUUCUUCCACAGCGCCCGUACACGCCGCCCCCGGAUGAUGCAAAGGAAUCUCAUGUCUCUCGCUCACCUAUUGCCGAGGAAAGCCGGGCACCGUCACCUCCCGAACCCCAAGGACCUCAAGAGUUCCUUGGCCCUUGGGAAGCCAGCAUAACCGGAGUGAAGCCAUACGAAGAAAUGUCACGGGCUGUUGCCGAUUUCCUCUUCAUCCACGUUAUCAACGCCCAGGAUGCACAAGAAAUCAGCAGCAGAGGCAUCGAUUUUGAAAUUGAGGCCAAGCUUGGAACAUUGAUUGACAAGGAUACAAACCAUCGCAUCGAGAAAUUUGUUGAAUCGGAGUGUGUUCUUCGUGACACGGGAAGGGUGGCGUUCCAGAGUAGUAUGACCGAGACACACCACAAAGCUUUCAACGACUUCCUCAACAACAUUGUUAUACAAACGGACCCGCGCUCAGCACAUGGUAGGAAGCGCGUGCAAGUGCACUAUAAGCACCGGCGAGAGAUUGACAAGUACUUUGAGCUGCCGCUCGACAUGCAGGCACGCAUCCCCGGCUGUGUAAGAUCCCGGCUAGGGACACGCAAGAACGUCAAGGCACGCGUCACGUACGACGAGAAGACGGGCGAGGUCCUCAACAAGAUUGUCAAGGCUAGGGUGGCCGACAUUGACCUCCACAUGCCCAAGUGCCCGAUGGACUGCCGCAUCAGCAUCAACCUCGAGAUGCAUUGGGACGGCUCCGUCGACGAGCUAGAGAAGCUGCCCAGCGCGCCGUCCCAAGGAGGCGUCACCGACCGCCGCAAAGAUCGGUUGAGCUACAAGCAAGGCAACUAUCAGAUUGACCUUACCCAGGUCACCAUGCCCAGCGGGCAAGGCUCACACCGCGGCGACAAGGAACACGAGCUGGAGAUUGAAGUAUCCGGUGCCGCCGUCAUCGAGCAGGGCCGCCGCGCCAGGAGUGGCGAGGCGCACGGCUACCAGGAGUUGGUUGAAGGCUUCCUGGACAACGUGCGCGUCCUCGCGCGCAAGGCGCGGGAGUUUCAGCGAUGA